AUCCAAAGAUUUAAGUUCUAUUAAAAUCCAUAGUUGAAUAACACCUUGUUAUUGUCUAACGCAUGGUGGAACAAACACCUGGUGGCUGGUGGUAGUUAAAAAGUUUGUUUUUUCAUUGUCCCCUAAAUAUAUCAACGAGUGAGAGAAAUUGGAUGUAGAUUUCAAAGUACGAAAUGGAAAUGAUAAUCAUCUCUCCCUGCCUAACAACAAUCCUAGCACUACUUCUCUUUAAACAACUACUCGAACGAACCGCUACCAAAAUCAACCUACCACCUUCUCCGUGGCGACUUCCUGUGAUCGGUAACCUCCACCAGCUAAGCCUCCACCCUCACCGUUCUCUUCGUUCCCUCAGUUUCCGGUACGGGCCACUCAUGCUCCUUCAUUUCGGUCGCGUUCCGGUCCUCGUAGUUUCCUCCUCUGAUGUAGCUCAUGACAUCAUGAAAACACACGAUUUUAAGGUUGCAAACCGCCCAAAACUAAAAGUGGUCGAAAAGUUUAUGAACGGUGGGAGAGACGUGGCUUUUUCCCCUUACGGUGAAUAUUGGAGACAUAUUAAGAGUGUAUGCGUCAUCCACCUACUAAGUAAAAAAAUGGUACAAUCCUUUGAAAAAGUAAGAGAAGAAGAGAUAAGUCUAAUGAUGGAGAGUGUGGAAAAAGCGAGUUCUAGUACUUCACCUUUAAACCUAAGCGAGCUUCUUAUGACACUGACGAGCGAUGUGACAAGUAGAGUUUCCUUGGGAAGAAAACAUAGCAAUGAGGAAAGCAUGAGCGAAUUCAAGAAUCAAGUGAGGGCUAUCAUGGAGCUUGUAGGCGGGUUUCCAGUUGGUGAAUAUAUUCCCUGUUUGGCCUGGAUUGAUAAACUCAAUGGUCUUGAUGAUAAACUGAAGGAAUCGAGUGAAACAUUUGGAGGUCUUAUGGACAAAGUGGUGCAAGAGCAUGUAGAAGCCGAUAAACCAACACAUGAUUUAGUUGAUAUAAUGCUAUCCUUAGAAAGACAAAAGAAAAAUGGAAUAGAAGUCCGACGAAGCGACAUUAAGUUCAUAAUCUUGGAUAUGUUUUUGGGAGGAACGACCACAACUUACGCACUACUAGAAUGGAUAAUGACAGAGCUUAUUAGACAUCCGGUACGCAUGAAGAAACUCCAAGAGGAGAUUCGCACCAAGGCAACGUCGGGGACUAAUCUAUAUAGGUCACAAGAAGAUGUUGAGGGUAUGAAGUACUUAAAAGCGGUGAUUAAGGAGGGGCUUCGGUUGCAUCCGCCUUUCCCGUUACUAGUUCCAAGACUACUGACUGAAGAUGUCAACCUAAGAGGAUGUGACAUAGCUGCAGGCACACAGGUAAUAGUCAAUGCAUGGGCUAUUCAACGAGACACUGUGUCAUGGGGGACAGAUGCAGAAUAGUUUAGGCCAGAGAGGCACUUAAACUCAUCUUUGGAUUUUCGGGGAACAAGCUUCGAACUCGUUCCAUUUGGAUCUGGAAGAAGGAUGUGUCCUGGGAUCGGAUUUGCGCUGGCUUUGGUCGAGGUGACACUAGCUAACCUUGUGAACCGAUUCAACUGGAGGAUGGAUGCCCGAGUUUCCGGGGAUGAAUAUGAUCUAGCGGAAACAACAGGACUCGAUGUCUGCCGCAAGUUUCCACUUAUUGUCUUUCCAUCUCCGGCUUAAUAUAGUCCCCAUGUUGUCACUCUACUCACUAUGUACGUAAGUUAUUAAUUUGUGUAAUUGAAAUUGGAUGUUUGUAACAAGUAUCUAAGAAAAUGAACAUUAAUUUCAUAGUA